UGAGCAGGAUACGGGCCCGCGAUUCGCGCAGCCACAAGCACGGCCCAUGGCGAGCUCCGCGGUGUGCGAGCGCGAGUUGCUGUUUCAGAAGGCUGAGCUGCAGCGCCAACAGCAGGCGCUGGAGCGGCAGCGGCUCCACGAGGCGGAGGAGCUGCGGCAGGGCCGCGAGACGUUGAGGGCCCUGGCGGAGGAGGUGUCCCUGCGAGCAGCCGAGAGGUUUCAAGAGGAGGACCGUUUGCUGCAAGAGCUCAAGAGCAGCCGGCAAGAGAUCCAACUGCUCUCCGCACAGUUAGUUGACACACAGGCGCUGCGCGCGGCCGCGCGGAGGCGCCGCGCCGAGGCCCAGGUGCUGCGGCUGCGACGGGAGGUGGAGGAGCUGAACGCCCAGGUGCUGGCGCAAGAGCGCCUGGCGCAGGUCUAUGAGGAUUCCGUGGCCGAGCUACACCUGGAGCUUCAACAUGCGCUCGACGAGGCCCCGGCCGCGCGGCGGGCCGCGCCGGCAAGGGCCGCGAGUUCCGCUGGCCGGUCCUCAGUGGCGCUGUCGCGGCGGCUGAGCAGCCAGCUGGGUGUGAUGAGGGGAGGGUGGAAGGGAUUGAGGUGGUGAGCCUGGAAAGAUCUGGUGUUUGACUUGUGUUGAAACAAGUCCUGCUAUGUCCUGCUGACGUUUUUUGAUUUUUUAGAACGGGCAUCAGUUUGGAAUGCUUGGACGGAUGAGCCGACUGGGAUUCUUGGGAUUCACGCUUCGAGAUGAGAUCCACUGGUAUCUUUGGCGGCGCCGGCAUUUGAAGUGUGGGGAAUGGCUGGGAAUGGCUGGCCCGGCGCACAGCUUCCCCUGAAAAUGCUUUGUGUCCAAAGGAGGAGACCAGAAUCCC